UGAGUCCUGGAGCACCUACAAGUACGGCUUUGGCAACGUGCAGGAUGACUACUGGCUGGGGACGGAGUACAUCUAUCGGAUCGCCAAGCAGAAGGUCUACCAGGUCAGGUUUGUCAUCCACGAUUCAUCCGGCACCAUGAAAUACGCAGACUACAACCUCUUCGGUCUGGAAGACGAGUCCAAAGGCUACAGGCUGAGGCUGGGCUCUUACACUGGGACUGCAGGGGACGCCAUGGCCCCAAACAAUCCUACCACCGUGCAUGACAACAUGAAGUUCUCUGCUAAAGACCUGGAUCAGGACACUUCCAGUGGGAACUGUGCGUCUAGCUAUGAGGGGGGCUGGUGGUACUCGGCUUGUCAUUCUGUUCGACUGAACGUCAAAGGGAGCAUCACUUGGGGUAGUAUCUGUAGUGGGAACUGCCAAGCCUCCGCCAUCCUCAUCAAACCAGCAUCCUACUGUUAGUCACCCCUUCCCCACCCUCCUGUCUGCAGUGAGGCCAACCCCUGCUCCACGAAGGGAGGGAAAAGGGUCAGCGUGUGUCAUGGCCAAACCUCACACCCAACUCGGAGGGGGAAGUAUCAUGUUUAUCCAAAAUGGGGCAACUUUCUCUUUUCUUUUCUUCCGUGCACUUUCCGAGCUAAUCUCUGCUGGGCACUUGUGCUUUGCGUUGACUUGACUUAGUGAUAUUCGUAAUCAGAAGAAUCAUUUGCAAAACCUGCAGUAUCCAGAUGUAGAAGCUCCGGGGAGAGUAAAUGCCUCGGAUCCGUA